AUGGAUGUUCUACUCUAUUUUAGCCGGAGAUGCCUCCAUCCAAGACAUCACCAGGCGAGCUGUAUUUUUACUGCUGUCAAUCAAUUUCAGGAUCCUAAAAUUACUGUUGCGCCAAAACCACGACAGCCACAUUCGCCCAAGAUUUUAAAAGUUGCAUUACUAGGAGAACCUAAUGCUGGCAAAUCGACACUAACUAAUGUACUCGUAGGAAGAAAGGUUGUUCCUGUUUGUCGCAAGCCACAAACUACUCGUGAACGCUCUUCUGGUAUCAUAACGUUCGGAUCUACACAAAUAGUUUUGGUAGACAGUCCUGGUACAUUAUCUAGGGACAUUAGAAGAAAAUAUUAUAUGUCAAAAGCACUAGCAACUGGACCUCGAGAUUGUGCAACCGAUGCUGAUUUGCUUGCAGUGCUAGUUGAUGUAGGUAAUAAACGCACACGAGAUCAUUUAUCUGAAGAGAUUUUAGAAAUUUUACAUGAAUUCGAUACUAUUCCAUCGGUACUGGUACUGAAUAAAGUUGACGUCAUUCGUAAAGAGAUUUUAUUGGAUUUAAUUGAUAAACUAACAGAUAAUUAUCAAGAAACUAAACCAACUAUUAAAUUAAAAGAGCCUACGAUUAAACUUGCACCAAAGAAGAAAAGUUAUAUUAUUGUUGAUGAGUCAAUUAAAAAUGCUGAUAACUCUCUAAAAAAGCAAUCCGUCCGUAAAAAUGGUGGAUGGAAAAACUUUAAAGAAGUAUUUAUGAUAUCGGCUCGGACUGGCGACGGCGUUGAUAUGCUGCAGGAAUACCUUGUUUCGCAAGCAAAACCUGGUAAUUGGCAAUAUAAUAUGAAACAGCUGACCUCACUUUCACCUUCGCGAUUUGUCGAAGAAAUAAUUCGAGAAAAACUGUUAGGUCACUUGCCGCAUGAUUUACCAUAUAUUUUAAAGCAGAGCAAUCUAUUUUGGCACUUAUCAGAUAACGGCACUUUAAGGAUUCAUCAAUCAAUUGAUUGCAGAAGAAAUGGUCAAAUGUCCAUUGUCAUUGGACCUCGUGGUAAAGUAAUUAGGACGAUCUCUGAAGAGGCCAAGGCUGAUUUAGAAGAGGCAUUCGGUUGUCCUGUUGAGUUACUGGUCAAAGUUCGAUUACGAAAGUAG